AUGAAAUUGAAAACAAAUUCUGAUGAUGAAUAUACUCGUACUCAUUAUGUACAACAAACUUCAUCAUUUAUAACAAAAAAAUCAUCACCAGAUCAUGUAUUUAUAUUUGGCAUAUAUUUAAGUGCUAAUAAUUUAUUUAAAUUCUCAGUAAAAAUAUUUAGUUUUCUAACAACUCAACAUAUUCAUUAUUAUCCUGAAUUAUGUCUUCGUGAAUAUGCAAAAGAACAUUAUGGAUUUUCAUAUAUUCCAAAUAUAAAUAAACAUAUAAUAUCUGCAUCGAAUGAUCAAAUAAUUAAUUUAUGGAUUAUUAAAAAACAAGCAACAAAAGGAAAAUUUAUUCAUCCAUUACGAAAUUUUUCUGCACGUCAAUCUGUUGUUAAAGAUGUUACUUGUCAUUUAUUUCAUGAAACAUUUUUUGGUUCCAUUAGUGAUGAUUUUAAAUUAAUGAUUUGGGAUACACGUUCAUCAAAUUAUACAAAACCAUCACAUAUUGUUGAUACACAUAGUGCAGAAAUUAAUUAUUUAUUAUUUAAUUCGUUUUCAGAGUAUAUUCUUGCAACUGAUUCAGCUGAUAAAAUUUGUUUUCGAAUCGGUGCACUUUGGGAUCUUCGAUAUCUUAAGUUAAAAUUACAUACAUUUGAAUCACAUAAAGAUGAAAUAUUUCACGUAAAAUAG